AGGGGCGCCAUUCAGGUGGAUGAGACCCCUGCAUUGAGAGGAAACUGAGGCAAGCUUGGGAGGGGGUAUUUGUAGUGACUGAGUAUCAAGUGGCCUUUGUGAGGUACAGGUACCCCUUCUCCCCAGUGAUGUGGAGCCAAGCAAGAGAGAAACCCCUAAUCCCUGCAGGCCUUGGACACCAGCUCUGGUAUCAACCCUCAGUCCUCCACCCCCGCUCCCUGCUUUCCAGGGUGGCAGCCCAUCCAAGGCCAGGGUUGCCUGCCCACCUGCUGACCUGAGAGCAGCCCAAGUAGGUGCCACUGCUGCUGGCCCUGCAGUGCUCCAACCUCAACCAGUGCAGCAUGCUGGGCACCAGACUCCUGCUGCUGGCUCUGCUCCCAGGGACCUCCCCCUUGCCUAGUGGGCCGAUUGCGCCCCCGUUCCCCGGGGGACCUGGCCCCUGGCUGCGCAGGCCCCUUUUCAGUCUGGAGCUGUCUGACGCCGAGGACGCCUUCCCGCGCCGCGCGGGGCCGCUCGAGGUCCCGGCAGAUAGCCGCGUGUUCGUGCAGGCGGCCCUGGCCCGACCCUCCCCGCGCUGGGGCCUGUCCCUGCACCGCUGCUCAGUAACGCCGUCCUCACGCCCGGCCUCCGGGCCUGCUCUGGUGCUGCUAAGCGGGGGCUGCCCUGCUGACGCCUCGGUAGCCUUCCCGCCACCGUCGCACCCCGAUGCGACCCGCCCCGCACGCUUCAGCUUCCGGCUGCGCCCAGUGUUCAACGCCUCGGUGCAGUUCUUGCAUUGCCAGCUGAGCCGCUGCCGCCGCCUCCAGGGAGUCCGCCGGACGCSGGAGGCUCUGACCUCGCCGCCGAAACUGCGGUGUCUGCCCCAGGAUGAGGCCUGCGCGGGCGUUGGCAGCGGCAGCGGCAGCGGCGAGAGCCUGGGCGCCGACAGCCCCCACCUGCACACGCUGACGCAGCCUAUCGUGGUCACAGUGCCGCGGCCGCCCCCCAGGCCGCACAAGAGCCUCCCGGGCAGGGCCGUGCUCCCCCAGCCGCCCGCCCCGGCCCCGGGGGCCCUGGAGCCCGCGCCGGUGGUGGCGCUGGUGUUGGCGGCCUUCGUGCUGGGCGCCGCCCUGGCCGCCGGGCUGGGCCUCGUCUGCGCACACUCAGCGCCUCCACUCCCAAGCCAGCCAACUAGAGCUUCGCCCAGUGGCCCUCAGCCCCGGAGGCCCCAGUGAGGCAGCUGGAGCCUUGCCUGCAAGGGGCACCCAACCAUGGGUUCAGGAGAAGGCUCUCCAGGACCUGAUCCGCAGUUCUGGACACAACACUUUGGGGCCUCGAUCCCUGUGCUUCUCUCCUCCCUUCCUCCCACCCCCAUCUAAGCUCAAAAUAAACUU